GACCAAUUUAUCAACCAUCUCUGAACAAGUGUUAUCGAUGAGAAAGCACGUUCGAUGGGCACAAAAGUACGGAAUGGUACUGGUCCUUCACAUACGAGGGACCGAAGCCGAGAAGACCGCAUUUAAAGUGCUAGAGGAGGUGAUAUUCCCACAACUUUUUUGUGAUUAUCAAAAAACGAGCGAUUUUUUUAAGGAAUUGAAAGAAGGAGAGGGGUCAAUCACUCUCCACUGGCAUUGUUUCCUCUUUGGAGUGGAAAUUGUCAAAAAAUGGCGUGAGCGUUUCGUAAACGUUUUUUUUGGUAACGCUUGAGUUAACUCUCGCACGAAAGAAGGGAUUUUAUUCUAGGCAUCAAUCCGAAAUGCGCUCACAUACAGAUCGCUAAAGAGGCUAUACGAAGCAUUCCCCCGGGCAAAUUGCUCCCGGAAACGGACAGCCCGUACCUGGUGGCGGAUGAGUUCCGUAGAAAACGCUCAUUCUCUAUCCCUAGCGACGGUGAGUCACAGUAGCCAACUUAUAAAAAGAUUAUAAGUUGAUAAAAAUAGUUUUAAAAUUAUGCAAAAAUGCGCGAUUCUUUAAAAACUAUUUAUAUUUCUCGAAACGACUCUCAACUAAAAUGAAUGGGCAGGGAAUCCUUUUCCGUAAAAGUUUUCCACAAGUUGACGCUCUUUGAGAUUAUAUUGGUAGUACUAGGAUUUGAAAGAAAAAAUGGGAGAAGAGGUGAUAAUCAGAAGAAGCUAGGUCAGGGGGUAUGGUGGGUGGUAAAACAUGCUAUUCCUACGUCUCCAGUUCAGCCUUGGUCGAUCGAGUUAUGUGUAGUCGAGCGUUGUCAUGUUGGAAGUAGAGAACGGCCUGAUUCCCGCGUUUUCGACACCGAGUCUCAACCGCAGUUGGCCAUGUCGGGUUGACGUUGUUGUGCUCACUUUUGGUAGGUCCCAGAACUCCACGCCUCAACCGACCACCAGAUCGACAGCAUGGCCUUUUCGCGUGUGGAUCCGGUUUAACGACGUCUUCUGUCUUUCCAUCUUUGUCUACUCACUGGGGACGGUGGGGAUCAUCUGGAGGACCCACUUUUCAUCUCAGUGAGGUUGUCCAGCCAUCCGUGCGUUCUGUGGAGGGUGAAGAAAAAGCCAUGUCGACUGCAAUCCUCAUGCAGUCGGUCAAUUAGGGGUAUAUCGGCCCAUAUUUUAGAUCUUUCCAUUUUCAUUUCUUUUUAGAUAAUGGUAUGGCUCCCCCAGUGUGGCUCCCAAUUCCCAGGUGGCUACAUAAGGAUCAGCUUCAGUUUGGAUGCGCAGCAGGUCCAGAUCCAACUUGGACGGCCGACCGACCUCUCCCCUUCCGUCAUGGAAGAAGCCCUUUCGAGAACUUGUUGAACCAAAGGCUGAUGGCGCUUUGA